AGCCUACAUUUAUUCCUUGCCCCCCAGCAUAGACAGAUUGAUAUCAUCUCAACCUAGCUAAAUACUUCAAGCUCUCUCCUUUCUUCUCCUACCCUUCUUUCUUGCUAUAUAGCACUUGUAUAUAACCAUGGAAGGUAUAGUUAGGCCGCACUCAUGUGACCCUAAAUCAUCACCUCCUUCUAAGCUAGGCAUUCACAGAGAUUCACAUGUAAUAUCAAAGUUGAUCAAGCCCAAAGUUCGCGUAAUUCACAUAUUUGCACCACAGAUUAUAAAGACUGAUGUUGCAGAUUUUAGAGAGCUUGUUCAAAGACUCACUGGCCAACCUUGUGAAAGUAAAGGCAUGAUCAAGAAGAAAGCAGGUAGCAGUAGUACUGCAGACAAGGGAAAGAAGAACACAGCAGGUUCCUCAAUAAGUGAGUCAAACAAGAAAUCCAUGCGUCAGUUGCCAGAGUUGGGGUUGCCUAGUUUGAUUAGAGCAGAGAAACUUAAGGUGGAGGAGGAAGCAAAUAAAAUGUGGGGAGAUUUGGAUGUGCAGCUGAUUGAUUUUGUCAUAUGAGGCAUGCAUGAGCUAGAUAGAUGAGCUUCCUCAAUCUUCUUUCGUGGACAUGGUUAAUUUAUGGUUUCUUCAUGGUUUUGUUUCCACGGAUUUGCUUAGUGAGACAGGUCUCUCAUCUCUAAAUCUAUGGAGGAUUGACUUCUAGAACUGGGUUCGUUUUGGGUUUUCUUCUUCUUCUUCUUUUGGCUUUGCUUUGUUUUGUUGACUUUAUGACCUGAUCUCCAGCAAGUAAAUAUUUCAAUGCACACAUAUUUUGCCGACUUUUUAAUGUCUUGAUUGUACUGAGCAACUGGUCUUGGACAUUACACGCUUUCCUUUUCAUUUUUUCCGCA